GAUUCCUACAUAAAAAUGUUGUUCAGAGUUCAGACCUAAUGUCAACUCAACAUGUCGCACUUAUCUGACUUGGCGAAGCUCAAGGCUCAAAUCAGAAGCAAUCCGAACUUGAACGUGUUUUCCGGAGCUGUGGGAGGUUUAGCUUCUUUGACAAUCGGGCACCCCUUGGAUACAGUCAAAGUAACUUUGCAAACCAUGAAAGCUGACUCUAGCGGUAAAAUGCCGUACGCGGGAAUGUUGGAUUGUUCCAAGAAAUUGAUCAAAAGCGAUGGAAUCCUUUCACUUUAUCGUGGUUUGGGUAGCAUGAUAAUCAUGACCAUGCCAAGAUUUGCCCUAACUUUCCAUGGUAAUGCUUUGGGAAAGCAACUGUAUGCAAAGUGGUUUCCCCGAGACGAAAAGAAGACAGGAGUGCCUGUGGGACAAAUUUUGUUUGGUGGAACAUUUUCACAGAUUUUAGUGUCACCUUUUAUAGUUGCACCAUUUGAAAGAGUCAAAGUGCUCAUGCAGACUCAAAAACCCCGCGAAUUCAAGAACCAAUGGGAUUGUUUUAAGUUUUUACUUAAUAAGCAAGGUCUUGCCAGCGUUUUCAGAGGCAUCCCAAUUACAUACUCUCGUGAUAUGCCAACAUUUGGUUUUUACUUCUUGUGCUACGAAUUAGUGAAAUAUGCAUUCGAUAAAGAGGGCAGUAAUCCCUUGGUCACUUUACUGGCCGGAGGCUGUGCAGGAGUAGGCGGGUGGGCAGUGGCAAUACCAAUGGAUACGAUCAAAAACAGGCACCAGGCCACUAUGAAAAAAUACAAUUCAUUCGUUACUUUGAAACACCUCAUAAAAGAAGAAGGAUUUACUGGAUUGUUUCGAGGGGGAGGAACAAUCCUUAUUCGGGCAUUUCCUACAAAUGCCGCAGCAUUCUUGGGCUAUGAAACUUGCGUGAGCCUCAUCGCAAGAUUUACCGCAAUCUGAAGUGCCACCAUGAUCAUAUUUCUCGAGUUACAGUAUUGUGUAAUUUGAAAGAAAUGUAUGCUUGAAUGAUUUUUAUAACAAAAUGAAAUGAAUCAGUUUCAUCAUUUUUCA